AUGGUGAAGAAGAAAAUUAAAGAAGCACUCACUCAAACUGAAAAGGGGAAAGAUGGUCUCACCAGCAGCAACUUGCAAUUAAAUGACUCACUCAAUGACCAGCAAUUAACCAACCCUGCUGUCAAAAAAAGCUCGCCAAGGUCUUCUCACUCGUUUUACCGUGCGUCAGCUGCGAGAAUUCAUCUGACAUUUCCCAUAACUUGCCUCGUCCGUUAUCAAUCAAAUGGUAGCGCUCAGUUCGUCGUCAGCAGCGUGAACGGCGAGAAA